CAAUGGGAUUCCGCGCGUUUUCUGCUGAGCUACUUGAUGUUGACGGACAUUCUGCUGUUCUUUCAUAUCACACGUUGAUAAAUAAAAUGUAAAUCUUGGACAGUUGUACUAUUGGAGACGUUUAAUCAUGUUGCUGCCAUCUGAUGUUGCGCGUCUCGUUCUUGGAUACUUGCAACAAGAAGGCCUGACUAACUCAAGUAGGACAUUCAUACUGGAGAGCCCCAGUUUGAAAGAGUAUGCAGACCAUUGCACCGAGGAUGGCCUUAUUCCAGCCUGCAUGUUUUCGCUUUUUGGGAAGAACCUGGUGACCGUAUUGAAUGAAUAUGUAGCUGCUAAAACAAAAGAGAUGAGUCAGGAGAGCCAGGUUCCUGCCAUGUUGACCUCCUUAUGGAAGAAGCUGGAUAUCACUCUAAACCAGAUCAAGUGUGUGCAGAAUUCGCCAAUUGUCCACACCAGCCAGAGAAUGCGUACAAAGAGUGCCAUUAUGAGGCAAAGGGCUCUGCAGAACUCCCUGGGAUCCGCCAGCCCAGUCAGCGUUGUCGUUGGCGACUGUGCCUCUACGCCGCCCAGCCUGUACGUGUCAAGUCCCGUGGGCACCCCCCAGGUGGCGCCAGUGCGCACGCCCUCCUCCUCCUCCUCCUCCAUCAUCUCCAUCUCCCAGCACACACGGCUGUCACCCCUCUGUCCCAACCAGAUACAGGACGGGAGCCGCGUCUCCGUCAGCCAGAGUCACAACACCCCACUGCAAGUAAUGGUUCCUGACCAGAGGCUUAUCCCAGGCCCUUUGUCUCCCGCUCGCCGGAAAUGUGACUCCCCCAGAAGACGGGGCGGGCCCCCCACUGCAGCCAGUGGAUCUGCACGGGGGCACACUGGCCUCCUCCAAGAGGGACAGAGCGAAGAGACUGUCUCCGAAAAUUUCCCUCAAAUGGUCAUUGAAAAUGCCCGUGAGAAGAUUCUGAAGGAUCGCUCCCUCCAGGAAAAGCUUGCGGAAAAUAUUAACAAAAUACUUGCCAGUGACAACAGUCCACCGGCUUCAAAAGUGGCGACCAGUUCAGUGGACCAUGAUCAGUCAAUUGAUGAAAUUCUCGGUUUACAGGGGGAGAUCCACAUGACUGAUAAUGCCAUUCAGGAUAUUUUAGAGCAGACCGAGUCUGACCCAGCUUUUCAAGCACUCUUCGAUCUCUUCGAUUACGGUAAAAAUAAAGCCAACAGCACAGAUGACGCGGAGCGGGACCAGAGGGAGCAGGGCUCUCAGGACAUCCCCUGCACAGAUGAACCCACUAGUGAUACCAUUAUGCAAAAUCCUCUCCAGUUAGACUGUACACCCUGUGUCCCAUCAUCAUCGUCGUCGUCUUCCUCUGCACCGAGAUCAAAGGUGGGAGCUGCUCAGGCGCCCAAGAACAAGAGGAAGUCAACGGCGUCUUCCAGCAGUGUGUGUAAGAAUGCCGCUCCAACCGUCAACAACCCUCCUGCCGACGCCAGCCAACCGGUUUCCAUAAACCAAGCCUUAGAUCAACGAUCUGCCUUUUCGGACCCUAAGCAGAGAGGGAGAAAGCGGUACACGCAAGCUCCUCAACUCUCCUCACAAGGCAGCAGGUGUGCAGUAAUUGUGGAGGAAGAGGUGGAGGAGAUGGAAUGUAUUGAGGUGGACAAUUUUGAAGCACCUGAGAUGGACUUGGUGGUACCACUGAUGGAUACGCAGCCAGAAGCUGGUGGCGGUGGUGGAAGCACUGGAGAGCCGACAGGCUUGGCAGGCAAAAGCCUCUUAAUGGAGACCACGUCAGUCCUUCCCCUGGAGACCGCAUCAGCCGUUCCCCUGAGCGGUCCUCUUUUGGCAGUGUCGGCACAGGAGAUCAGUUUGAAUGGCCAAGCAGGGAAAAUGCCACAGUCGCUAGAUGGCCCCUCAGCCAACAAAGGGGUUGUUGUUGUCGGGGAAUUGGACCAUCCUGGCAAACGAGAUCAUCUCAUCAGCUCCCUCAACGCCAAGAGCCACCAAAGCCAAGAAAGAGUAGUCACACAGGUGCUCCAAUCACCACACGCUACAAGGGGAUCAUCAGCUAUCAUCUCCUCUGCUGUGACCACAUCGACUCCUGCCUCCGCCUCUCGUCCCGCCACUGCCACUGCCGCCGCGUCUGCUGCUUCCCCGUUGGUCACGCAGAGCGACCCCAGCCAGAUCGUCUCCCUGAAGAUCAUCGUCAGCGAUGACAAAGAGCCAUCUGCACCGUCUUCCGCAGACGCCACGCUCAGCCAAGCCGUGUCCAGCAUCGUGACGACGCACGACGAACGCCUUCCCACCAUCUACCUCUCCUCCCCGCCGCCCAAGUCCCCGGCCAAAGGGCUGUUGUUGUCGUCGAACUCCGGCGUGACCUCCGAGGAGACGAUGCUGGCCGUCAGCUCUCUGCAGAGGACUGAGCUGCCAACUCCUGCUGGCGCUGACGGGCCUCAGGAGGCGGGCCUCUUCCAGCUGUUGCCGAUGGCCGCGGGGCCCAGCAGCUACUUUGUGGUGACGGACAAGAUGGCGGCGCCUGGAGACUGCCGGCCUGCAAGUGUGGUGGUGGUUCCCGCCAGUGCUCCGACAUCCCAGGGUCAGGUGAUGAACUCGUUGCCCCAAGUUGCAACGCCACCGCGGUCACAUGCGCUACCACAGUCUUAUGGUUCAACCAUCAUCAUCUCGUCGCCGGGGCAGGUGCAGUCCAUGUUGCAGUGUGGAAUGGUGCCCGUCUCAGUGAUGGGUCAGAACAAUGCAGGAAAGCUGAAUUUUGUUCCCAAUCAUCAGGUGAUCACUGUUCCCUGCAGACCAGUGACACAGCCAUCGCUGGUAGCAAAACCCAAACCAGCUGCUCGGCCGGCCAAUAGCAGCGUUGGUAAGACAGUGAAGUCGAGCAGCAGCAGCAGCAGUAGUGGUCCACAUCAGAAUGUAGCCGUGGCUUUGACUUCCCCGAGCGCAGCGGCGACCACGAAAACCGCCGCGCCCCCGGGGCACGUUCGAAUGCUGCGCUUUGACCAGCCAUCAAGUAACUCCCCAGCGCAGCCGCCGAGUCAGAGUUCUGCUGCCCCAGUCAGACACGACAACUCAAAACAAACGAGGAGUUCGCCCCCUGCUAAGAAGCAGACAAGCGCAGAAGGUGGCGGUGGCGGCGGCGGCAGUGUGUCGUGUAAAAACCCUAGCCCCAAACCGAUCAUCCUUGGCGGGGGAAGUCGUGCCAGCAGGAGAAGGGUGGAGAUCCAACGUGUGGGCGACAUCACCCCGCAGCCCUCAGCCUUCCCGGACAACAACAGGGACUCGUCAGGGAAGGAGGACCAGAGUUCUAGGGACAGGUCUGUGAAGGAGUCGUCUAAAAGGACGGGCGCCAGCGAAUCCCGCGCCACCUCCAAAGCCACCACACCACCAGCCGUCGAGCGUGAAGUGACGUCUUCAACGGAGUCCGGCAGGACAAGAUCUCAAAGUCGGAAACCAGACAUGGGAAAUGCAUCUGUUGUUAACGCUCAGGGUACUAGGGCCUCCUCCGCCGAGCACAGAGCCAAGUCAAGCACACAAGCCAAGAGGGACGAACAGGAAUCAGCCACGAAGAGCCAGAGCAGCACCAUCACGGAGAGACCAGGGCCCCCCCCACAGGAGGAGCCCUCCCCAACACGCGUCGCCGCAAACAAAGAGAACGAGCAAGAGACCCAAAAACACCCCUUGACGGAAAGGAGCUCCGUUGGCAUUGCAGGACGACUACGCGAGUCUACAACUACAGCAACAGCAACAUCCGCCGCCUCUGCAGGGCCGUGUAAAGCCUUAAGCAAGACCAGCCCGCUCACGAAACAAGCUGCCGAGAUGCUUCAGGAUAUCCAGAGCCUCAAUCCGUUGGCUAGUCCGGCCAAGAAACCGGGGCUGGAGCUGCCCCUGCCAAGGACCCCCGGCCUCGGACGAGGCCUGAACAACGAAGACUACUUAGACGGGCUCCGCACGCCGAGCAGGACGCGGCAGGGCAGAGACAACCGGGAGGGCACGCCGCGUCACCUCCGGCCGCCGGCCACGCCCGAGCUGCCGACCUGCAGCCCCGCCAGCGAGACGGGCAGCGAGAGCAGCAUCAACAUGGCGGCGCACACGCUGAUGAUCCUGUCCCGCGCCGCGCGCACCGGCGUCCCCCUGAAGGACCGCCCGCGAUCGACCGGCAAGAGCAAGAAGCGCAAGCAAGGCGAUCCUAGCCCUAGUGACAAGAGCAGCGGGAAAAAACCAAAGAAACAGAAGAAGAUACUGGAUUCUUUCCCAGAUGACCUAGAUGUGGAUAAGUUCCUGUCAUCACUCCAUUAUGAUGAGUGAAAAAAAAAGAUAAAACGUUGUUGCAAUGUUAUGCUUACAUUGUUUUUGAGCCCUUCAUCGUAAUGCCUGAGUUCUCAUUGUGAGGUCAGCAGGACUCCGCAGGAUUUUAAACAGAGUUCUAUGGGAACUGUAGAAUGUUGAAGUAAAACUCUAGAAUUGGGGGAAAAGCCUUACUCCUGAAAGGGUUAAUGAUGCCUCAAUAGGGGCUCAAAAGUGUGAAUCACACUGCUGUAUUUAAAAAAAGAAAAAAACCCUAGUCAGGAAACUGUACAUACAUCGUAUUUAAAUAUAUUGUAAAUAAACAAUUGUUGAUAUUUUGUAUUAAAUACAUCACUUUUAAAUUGUCAUCACCUUAUUGAAUUAUAUAAAUAUCACAGGACCUCUGUUGCUUAAGUUUAUUUGCGGACGUGUAUGUGUAUAGCAAAGAACCUCCACUCGCAAGUCGUCUAACUUCACACCUCAACCACAUUUCUUUGGCCCUUGAAACAAGUAGAAUAUAAAAUGCCCAUAAUAGACAAUUAAAAUGUAAACAAAGUUUUAUCCUUGGGUAGCAAUGCAAUGCGUGUAUUAUUUCUAAUCACUGACGGCACAGUGUGUCUGCCAGGAGAGGUCUUAUGUUCAGCCGAGAAUCGGGCCGAUAGUCGUGUGAUUUCGAGCCCACCUUUAAAUUGGUUUGCUCUUCAUGCCUGCUGCUACCUUCCUGUCAUUAUGACAACUAGCUGCUGAUGUCAACUUUAUUGGUUAAAAGGCAGAGGUUAAGUUGCAUCUUCCAGGUUUUCAGUGUAAUUAACCCAGUUUUAUUUAUCACUGCACACCUGGUUAUUAUGCAGUUUUUUGUGGAAUGGGAUUCAGUGAUCAACCCUAAAUGUUAUGUCAUAUAAGGUGAAUGAUGCCUAAAGCAGCUGCUGUAGCUUUGCUGUCUUCCGAUACUUAAAUGAAGUUAAUGUAGGCUAAAUUAUAAUUAUCUUAGAUUUUUGGUUCUCACCACGAAGUUCUUCUUGCCCAAGUUUUAAAAUUGUUUUGUCACAUCACAGCUUCCAUACUUAAGCUCUUGACUCACUCUAGAAAUUGUUGGUGUGUGUGUGUGUUUGGAUAUUACAGAUUAAGCUAUUUUUGUCAGCCUAAGGUAAGUUUUGUUGAAAAUAAACCAAGCCUUGUAAGGAUUUCAUGAGGAUUUUGUUAUUUUCGUAAAGAUAGACAGGGGCUAAGGGGAAGAUGUGGUUAUGAAUCACAUUUGCGAUUGUAUUAAUAAAAUGUGAACUUAAUCAUA